GCGCGACGGGCGCGCGGCUGGCGUUGUGUGUGCUGGGGGGGAGCGGGCGACCGAGACCGAGCGGGCACGCGCGCUAGGAUUUUUCCCCCCUCUUUCGGCGGCGGCGGUGGUGUCGGCUUCUUUGUUUCCUGAGAAGCGAGACACCUACUCUGUCCCUGACCUCGAGUACAGGGUUGGGGGCGGCGCCGGGAAGGCGACGGCGCGGGGACCUCCCGCAGGAGACUACUGUCUGCAGCUCCUGUGAAGAUGUCCACUCCAGACCCACCCCUAGGUGGAACUCCUCGGCCCGGCCCUUCCCCAGGACCUGGGCCCUCACCUGGAGCUAUGCUGGGCCCUUCCCCAGGCCCUUCACCGGGCUCUGCCCACAGCAUGAUGGGGCCCAGCCCUGGACCUCCCUCCACAGGACACCCCAUGCCAACCCAGGGGCCUGGAGGGUACCCUCAGGACAACGUGCACCAGAUGCACAAGCCCAUGGAGUCCAUGCAUGAGAAGGGCAUGUCUGAAGACCCACGCUACAACCAGAUGAAAGGGAUGGGCAUGCGGUCUGGGGCCCAUGCAGGCAUGGGGCCCCCACCCAGCCCCAUGGACCAGCACUCCCAAGGUUACCCCUCACCCCUGGGUGGCUCUGAGCAUGCCUCCAGUCCCGUGCCAGCCAGUGGCCCUUCCUCAGGCCCCCAGAUGUCAUCUGGGCCAGCAGGAACCCCGCUGGAUGGUGCCGACCCCCAAGCCUUGGGGCAGCAGAAUCGAGGCCCCACCCCAUUUAACCAGAACCAGCUGCAUCAGCUUCGAGCUCAGAUCAUGGCCUACAAGAUGCUGGCCAGGGGCCAACCCCUGCCUGAACAUCUACAGAUGGCUGUGCAGGGCAAGCGACCAAUGCCUGGGAUGCAACAGCAAAUGCCAACGCUACCUCCACCUUCUGUGUCUGCCGCAGGACCUGGGCCUGGCCCUGGCCCUGGUCCAGGACCAGCACCUCCAAAUUACAGCAGGCCCCAUGGUAUGGGAGGACCCAACAUGCCUCCCCCAGGACCCUCGGGUGUGCCCUCCGGUAUGCCUGGUCAGCCCCCUGGAGGGCCUUCCAAGCCCUGGCCUGAAGGACCAAUGGCCAAUGCUGCUGCACCCACGAGCACCCCACAGAAGCUGAUCCCCCCACAGCCAACAGGCCGCCCUUCACCUGCGCCCCCUGCUGUCCCACCUGCGGCCUCACCUGUGAUGCCACCCCAGACGCAGUCCCCGGGGCAGCCGGCCCAGCCUGCACCCUUGGUGCCACUGCACCAGAAGCAGAGUCGCAUCACCCCUAUCCAGAAGCCCCGGGGCCUGGACCCCAUAGAGAUCCUGCAGGAGCGGGAGUACAGGCUGCAGGCUCGCAUCGCACACCGAAUUCAGGAACUUGAAAACCUCCCUGGGUCCCUGGCUGGGGAUCUGCGAACCAAAGCAACCAUUGAGCUCAAGGCCCUUCGGCUGCUGAACUUCCAGAGGCAGCUGCGCCAGGAGGUGGUGGUGUGUAUGCGCAGGGAUACAGCCCUGGAGACAGCCCUCAAUGCCAAGGCCUACAAGCGCAGCAAGCGGCAGUCCCUGCGUGAGGCCCGUAUCACCGAAAAGCUGGAGAAGCAGCAGAAGAUCGAGCAGGAGCGCAAGCGCCGCCAGAAGCACCAGGAAUACCUCAACAGCAUCUUGCAACAUGCCAAGGAUUUCAAAGAGUAUCACAGGUCAGUCACAGGCAAAAUCCAGAAACUCACCAAGGCGGUGGCCACCUACCAUGCCAACACUGAGCGGGAGCAGAAGAAAGAGAAUGAACGGAUCGAGAAAGAACGAAUGCGGAGGCUCAUGGCUGAGGAUGAGGAGGGCUACCGCAAGCUCAUCGACCAGAAGAAGGAUAAGCGCCUGGCCUACCUCUUGCAGCAAACAGAUGAAUAUGUGGCCAAUCUCACGGAGCUGGUGCGGCAGCACAAGGCUGCCCAGGUUGCUAAGGAGAAAAAGAAGAAAAAGAAAAAGAAGAAGGCAGAAAAUGCUGAAGGACAGACACCUGCGAUUGGACCAGAUGGUGAGCCUCUGGAUGAGACCAGCCAAAUGAGUGACCUCCCUGUGAAAGUGAUCCAUGUGGAGAGUGGGAAGAUCCUAACAGGCACAGAUGCCCCAAAAGCUGGGCAGCUGGAGGCCUGGCUGGAGAUGAACCCAGGGUAUGAAGUAGCUCCAAGAUCAGAUAGCGAAGAGAGUGGCUCUGAAGAGGAGGAGGAGGAGGAGGAGGAAGAACAGCCUCAGCCUGCACAGCCCCCCACACUUCCUGUGGAGGAGAAGAAGAAGAUUCCAGACCCAGACAGUGACGACGUCUCGGAGGUGGAUGCCCGGCACAUCAUUGAGAAUGCCAAGCAAGACGUAGAUGAUGAAUAUGGUGUGUCCCAGGCCCUUGCCCGUGGCCUACAGUCCUACUAUGCUGUGGCCCAUGCAGUCACCGAGAGAGUGGACAAGCAGUCUGCUCUGAUGGUCAAUGGUGUGCUCAAACAAUACCAGAUCAAGGGCCUGGAGUGGCUGGUGUCUCUGUAUAACAACAAUUUGAAUGGCAUCCUAGCUGACGAGAUGGGUCUGGGAAAGACCAUCCAGACCAUUGCACUCAUCACGUACCUCAUGGAGCACAAGCGCAUCAACGGGCCCUUCCUCAUCAUUGUGCCUCUCUCGACACUGUCAAACUGGGCGUAUGAAUUUGACAAGUGGGCCCCCUCUGUGGUGAAGGUGUCCUACAAGGGCUCUCCUGCAGCAAGACGAGCUUUUGUCCCCCAGCUCCGCAGUGGGAAGUUCAACGUCUUGCUGACCACCUACGAGUAUAUCAUCAAAGACAAACACAUCCUGGCUAAGAUCCGCUGGAAGUACAUGAUCGUCGACGAAGGCCACCGCAUGAAGAACCACCAUUGCAAGCUGACGCAGGUCCUCAACACGCACUAUGUGGCUCCCCGGCGCCUGCUGCUGACGGGUACGCCGCUACAGAACAAGUUGCCAGAGCUCUGGGCACUGCUCAACUUCCUGCUGCCCACCAUCUUUAAGAGCUGUAGCACCUUCGAGCAGUGGUUCAACGCACCCUUCGCUAUGACUGGCGAGAAGGUGGACCUGAAUGAGGAAGAGACUAUCCUGAUCAUCCGUCGUCUGCACAAGGUGCUGCGACCUUUCCUGCUACGGAGGCUCAAAAAGGAAGUAGAGGCCCAGCUGCCUGAGAAGGUGGAAUACGUCAUCAAGUGUGACAUGUCAGCCUUACAGCGUGUGCUCUAUAGGCAUAUGCAGGCCAAGGGCGUGUUGCUGACGGAUGGCUCUGAGAAGGACAAGAAGGGCAAAGGUGGGACCAAGACGCUGAUGAACACCAUCAUGCAGCUACGCAAGAUCUGCAACCACCCAUACAUGUUCCAGCACAUUGAGGAGUCCUUCUCUGAGCACUUGGGCUUCACUGGUGGCAUCGUCCAAGGACUGGACCUGUACCGUGCCUCAGGGAAAUUCGAACUUCUUGAUCGGAUUCUGCCUAAGCUGCGUGCUACCAAUCAUAAAGUGCUGCUCUUCUGCCAAAUGACCUCCCUCAUGACUAUCAUGGAAGACUAUUUUGCAUACCGUGGCUUCAAAUAUCUCAGGCUUGAUGGAACCACAAAAGCGGAGGACCGGGGCAUGCUGCUGAAAACUUUCAAUGAACCUGGCUCUGAGUACUUCAUCUUCCUGCUCAGCACCCGUGCUGGGGGCCUGGGCCUCAACCUGCAGUCGGCAGACACUGUGAUCAUAUUUGACAGCGACUGGAACCCCCACCAGGACCUGCAAGCACAGGACCGUGCCCACCGCAUUGGUCAGCAGAAUGAGGUGCGCGUGCUCCGCCUCUGCACGGUCAACAGCGUGGAGGAAAAGAUCCUGGCUGCCGCUAAAUACAAGCUUAAUGUGGACCAGAAGGUGAUCCAGGCAGGCAUGUUCGACCAGAAGUCAUCAAGCCACGAGCGGCGUGCCUUCCUGCAGGCCAUUCUGGAGCACGAGGAGCAGGACGAGAGCAGACACAGCAGCACGGGCAGCGGCAGUGCCAGCUUCGCCCACACUGCCCCUCCGCCAGCGGGCGUCAACCCCGACCUGGAGGAGCCACCUCUAAAGGAGGAAGAUGAGGUGCCUGACGAUGAGACAGUCAACCAGAUGAUCGCCCGGCACGAGGAGGAGUUUGACCUUUUCAUGCGCAUGGACCUGGACCGCCGGCGUGAAGAGGCCCGCAACCCUAAGCGGAAGCCACGCCUGAUGGAGGAGGAUGAACUCCCUUCUUGGAUUAUUAAGGAUGAUGCCGAGGUAGAACGGCUCACCUGUGAGGAGGAGGAAGAGAAGAUGUUUGGGCGUGGCUCCCGCCAUCGCAAGGAGGUGGACUACAGUGAUUCGCUGACAGAGAAGCAGUGGCUCAAGACCCUGAAGGCCAUCGAGGAAGGCACGCUGGAGGAGAUCGAAGAGGAGGUCCGGCAGAAGAAAUCCUCACGGAAGCGCAAGCGCGACAGCGAGGCCGGCUCCUCCACCCCAACCACCAGCACACGUAGCCGAGAUAAGGAUGAAGAGAGCAAGAAGCAGAAGAAGCGUGGCCGGCCACCUGCUGAGAAGCUGUCCCCAAACCCACCCAGCCUCACCAAGAAGAUGAAGAAGAUUGUGGAUGCUGUCAUCAAGUACAAGGACAGUAGUAGUGGACGUCAGCUCAGUGAGGUGUUCAUUCAGCUGCCUUCACGCAAGGAGCUGCCUGAGUACUACGAGCUCAUCCGCAAGCCUGUGGACUUCAAGAAGAUCAAGGAGCGCAUCCGCAACCACAAGUACCGCAGCCUGAAUGACCUGGAGAAGGACGUGAUGCUGCUGUGCCAGAAUGCACAGACCUUCAACCUUGAGGGCUCCCUGAUCUACGAGGAUUCCAUUGUCCUGCAGUCCGUCUUCACCAGCGUGCGGCAGAAAAUCGAGAAAGAGGAUGACAGUGAGGGCGAGGAGAGUGAGGAGGAGGAGGAGGGCGAGGAAGAAGGCUCCGAGUCCGAGUCACGCUCUGUCAAGGUGAAGAUCAAGUUGGGCCGCAAGGAGAAGGCUCAGGACCGACUGAAGGGGGGCCGGCGGCGGCCCAGCCGUGGAUCCCGGGCAAAGCCAGUCGUGAGUGAUGAUGACAGUGAAGAGGAACAAGAGGAGGACCGCUCAGGAAGUGGCAGCGAGGAAGACUGAACCAGACAUUCCAGAGUCUUUACCCCAGCCUCGUCCGAGCUGAGUCAGAGUAGCCCUUAGCAGUAACGGGUAGCAGCAGGUGUAGUUUCAGACUUGAGGAACUGUAAACAAGCAAUCUUCCAUAUUUAUGCAGCAGAGAAGAGUAGCCUGUUUGUGUCUGGCCCUGUCCUGGCCUCACGUCUGUACCAGCAUUAACUGUCUAGAGAGGGGACUGCAUGGGAUCUCCCCACAGCCCCUGUCACUAUAGCUCGGUGUGGAUGCAGUACAUGCUAUCCACUCCUUGUACUGUAUUUUACUGGACAGGGCCAACUCGUUGGUGGUCACAGGCCCCGCAGGCAUGUCAGUGUCACUGGAUGUCAGACAGUAAUAAAUUAAACCAAUGACAGACCACA